AUGCGGAUACACCUUUUCAUAACAUUACAUGCAUCUGCGCACCGAUACUUUGCUGCAGUUGUUCCAGCUACUGUUGGCAAGAUGAACACGUCCCAAGUGAAGAUUUUCCUGUCUGGCCUGAUGUUUUUGGCACUCUGCUGCACUGCAGUGUUUGGAAAAAAGGUAGAGGUUAAGAGCUGUGGAGGCUACUCGGAAGUUUCUUCACUGGAUAUAACGCCCUGUGACGCAGUUCCUUGUUCAUUCAAGAGGGGAACCUAUGUGAAUACCACGGUCAUUUUCAAAACAACGGAAGAGCUUAAAAGUGGGAAAUUGAAGCUUGAUGUAAUUUAUCCUCUUCCGAUGUCUUUGCCAGUAGACAAACCUGACGUAUGUAAAGGUCACAAUCUCGUUUGUCCGUUGGAGCCGGGAGAAGAAUACAAGUUCUUUUCGACCUUGGAAGUGAAGAGGAUUUUUCCUCCCUUUAAAGGGGUAAAGAUACAGGCUAAAGUCAAGGAUCAAGCCAAAAAGACCGCUAUGUGUAUUCAGUUUGAUGCCGAUAUCAUCUGA